AUGAGCUAGAUGAACUUUUCCUAAACAAUCUAACUUAAGAUUGAAACAGUAAAGACCUAAUUCCUUAACUUCUUAAACAACUUUGAAGUAGUUGAAAAUGGAAAAAAAAUCAAGUAUUACAGAGAAAAGGCACUUUUGUUGAAGAUUUAUGAAAAGAAUACACUUUUUAUUGACUUUAAUCACUUAUUAGAUUUUAUUGAUGACAACGAUAUUUCAGAUGUCAUUUUAAACGACUACUACAAAAUUGAACCUCACUUAAGAAAAAUUGUUUCAAAUUUCAUCUUUAGUCUAACCAACACAAACGAUAGCCAGGAAAGUUACUACCUUAGCUUUUACAACUUACCAACUGAAAAGAAAAUUAGAGAAUUGGGAACUUAAGAAAUAGGUAAAUUGAAUAGUAUUAAGGGUUUAGUUACUAGAUCAAGUGAAGUACGUCCUGAAUUACUUUAUGGUACAUUUAUUUGCCAAUUGUGUAAUAGUGAAGUGCGUGAUAUUGAGUAGCAAUUUAAAUACACUGAACCUAAAAUAUGUUCAAACCCUGGCUGUAACAACCAUACUAAGUGGAUGUUAAAACCCUAAUCAUCAGUAUUUUCUGAUUUUUAGAAACUUAGAGUUCAAGAAGAAUCUACUGACAUUCCUGCAGGAGGUAUGCCUCGUUCUAUUGAUAUUGUUUGUAGAGGUGAAGUUGUUGACACCGCUAAGCCUGGUGAUAAAUGUAUUUUCACUGGUUAUUUAAUUGUUGUUCCUGAUAUAGCAGCUCUUACUAAACCAGGUGAAAAAACUGAAAUGGGUAUUAAAUCUGAUGCCGUUAGAGUCAAAGGAGAAGGAAAUAAUGAUGGUAUUACUGGUCUCUCUCAACUAGGUCAAAGAGAUUUGAACUACAGACUUGUUUUCUUAGCUAUUAACAUUGAAGCAAAAAAGAGUAGAUUCAACUUAUGGAAUUAAGAUGAAGAAGAAAAUCAGGAUUUAACUGAAGAAGAAGAAAGACAAAAAAUUAUGGAAAAUUUCUCUGAAAGAGAACUUGAAGACAUUUUUAAAAUAAGCAGAAGUUCUAAUGUUUAUGAAAGAUUAGCAUCUAGUUUGUGUCCUACUGUACAUGGUCACUUGGAAGUUAAAAAGGGUAUUUUACUCAUGCUUUUUGGUGGUGUCAACAAAAAAACAGAAGAAGGUAUUAACUUGAGAGGUGAUAUCAACAUUUGCAUGGUAGGUGAUCCAUCUACUGCUAAGUCUCAAUUCCUUAAAUAUGUUAAUAAGCUUAUUCCUCGUUCAGUCUAUACUUCUGGUAAAGCAUCAACAUCUGCUGGUUUGACUGCAAGUGUUUCUAAAGAUCCUGAAACUGGAGAAAAUUGCAUUGAAGCUGGUGCUUUGAUGCUUUCUGACUAAGGUAUUUGCUGUAUCGAUGAAUUUGAUAAGAUGGAUAAAAGAGAUUAAGUCGCCAUCCACGAAGCUAUGGAACAAUAAACAAUUUCUAUUUCAAAGGCAGGUAUUCAAGCUACCUUGAAUUCAAGAGCCAGUAUUUUAGCUGCUGCAAACCCUGUUUUUGGUAGAUACGAUAAAUCCAAGGGUUUAAAAUACAACUUAGAUAUAAGCGCUCCCAUUCUUUCUCGUUUCGAUUUAUUCUUUGUCAUUUUGGAUGAGUGCAACGAAUAAUCAGAUAGAAUGAUUGCAUAACAUAUUGUUAAUAUUCAUUAAAGCUGUGGAAGAAAUAUCAAUCCUGAAAUCAGUACUGAAGAUUUGUCUAAGUAUAUACGUUUUGCUAGAACUAUAAAGCCAAUUUUCACUCGUGAAGCUGCCCUCGAAUUGCAAAAAUGCUAUGUAAAACUUAGAUAAAAUGAUUCAAGCUCUUAAAAUACUUCAUACAGAAUUACAGUCAGACAGCUUGAAUCUCUUAUUAGAUUAAGUGAAGCUUUGGCUAGAGUUCACAUUCAAUCAGAAGUUACUGCUGAAUUUGUAUAGGAAGCCGCAAGAUUACUCAGCAAUUCUAUUCUUAAAAUAGAAAAGGGAUAAUUGGACAUCUAAGAUGAAGAAGAGCAAAAGAUAGACCUCAACUAAUAAAAAGAAUAAGGCUAAAACAUUAUUUAAGAAGAUAUUGAAAAAAAACAACAAUAAUAAAGAAAGAAGGAAGGUAAAAUCUCAAUUACUUAUGAGGAAUACUUAAACAUGAGAAAGAUAAUCAUUCAAACAGUCAAAGAUUUAGAAAUAGAAGAUAGUCUUAGAGUUUCCACAGAAGGAGAAGACGGAAUGGAAGUUGAAAGACAAAAUGGUUUCGAAUAAAGAGUUAUUAUAGAAUAAAUUCUUAAGCAAUUAUUAGAAAAUGACCUUAUCCAAACAGAAGAAGAUGCUACUAAAUUAAAAAAAAUAUAUUCUCAAAUUAUUAAAAAGUUAGUAGAUGUAGACUAAGUUUUAAUUGUUGUCGAAGAGGCCUCAAAUUUAGACGAACGUAGAUUAUAACUUCAUGCUAACUACUGCGAACCUAGUUGA